AUGCAAGGCUUUGACAUCGUCGCUGGCGGCCAACUCGCCGCUCUCCCUGCUUUUAGAGAGAAGUUCGGCGUGCUGCAGCCCGACGGCACCUACCUAAUUCCUGCCCGAUACCUAUCUGCGUGGAACUCUAUCGCCCCAGCCACCGAGAUCGUCGCCACAUUCAUCUUUGUCCCGCUCCUCGAAAGAUUCGGCCGCAAAUGGGGCAUCCUCGCAGCCUCGCUCAUCUCCGUUGCUGGAGUUCUACUGCAGCAGCUGGCGCCUGACUGGCGUAUGCACCUGGCUGGCCGCGGAGUCAACGGCUUUGCGAUUGGGAUGAUGUUUACAAUCUCUCCAUUAUGGAUCGGCGAAACCUGUCGACCAGAACUGCGCGGGUUCUUCCUCUGCUUCUUCAACACAAGUAUCGUCUUUGGUCAGUUCGCCAUAGUUGUGGUGUCUCAGGGCAGCAGUCACAUAACCGGAGUGUGGCAAUGGUGGUUGCCCGUUGUAGCCAUGUACUUCUUUCCCCUGCUCUUGACGUUGAUCUGGCCCAUCUUCCCAGAGUCGCCAUAUUGGCUCGUCCGCCACAACCGUCCUACAGAUGCAAAGAAGGCACUACGCAGAAUCUACGGGUUCAAAGAGACCGAGUUCUACGACAUUGAGGUGACACGCAUGGAAGAAGAGAUCCGCAUUACCAGUGACUUGCACGGACACAUCGAGCAGAGACCGCCGAGGCGGUUCCUCGGCAUGGAUGUCGAGCUGGAGCUCGAGUGCUUCGGAGCGACCAAUCGCAAGCGCACAUUUACAGCCAUUUUUGCCGCUUCGGCGCAGCAGAUGAUUGGCGCGACGUUUGUCAUCGGCUACGCUACCUACUUUUUCGAGCUCAUCGGCAUCCAAAACUACUUUGCCGCCUCCGUAGCGCUCUACGUCGUCAUGCUCUGCGCCAGCACCGCCGCCUUCCCCCUGACCGAGAUGUUCGGCCGGCGGUUCCUGAUUGUCGGCCCGCAGUUCAUGCUGUGUCUGAUGCUUCUCAUCAUCGGCAUCCUCGGCUGCGUGCCCGACAAAGCCCGCGCAAGCUGGGGCAUUGUGGCCAUCUUGUACGUUUGGGCGGUAAUUUACCAGCUCUCCAUCGGCGCGACAGGCUUCGUGCUAGCCUCGGAGAUCGCCACGAUGCGCCUGCGCGCCGCGACCCAGGGCCUAAUCACGAUAACGAAUUCCGCCUGGGGACUGAUCAUGCAGUUCACGGUCCCGUACAUGAUCAAUCCCGAUGCCGGCGACUUGGGCGGCAAAGUCGGAUUCAUCUUCCUGGGUACUGGCUUGAUUGCUAGUGUUGGCGGCUGGUACCUCUUUCCCGAGACGAAGGGCUUGUCGUUCGAGAAGAUGGACGAACUGUAUGCGCUGAAGGUCCCCCCGAGACAGUUUGGGAAAGUCGCUGCGGAAGCUGGUACGGGACAUAUCGUGCCAGAGUUAAAGGUGGCGACGGCCCAUCACUCGGAGCAGGCCGAGGCUGACACUCAGCCGGAAAGGGUGUGA